AUGAUGAAUGACAAAAUGCUUGGGGGGUUACACUGGCAGGACCGAACUUCACUUUACCGUGCUCCUUCCACAACAAUUUGGGCACUGCGUUCCAUUGCACUCAAUAGUCGAGCUGGCGGCUGCGCGGCUCUUCAACAACUGCUGGUCGUUGCAGAGGAAAAGCGACGUCAGCAACUUGAACCGCAACCCCACCGUUCUGACACCAGUACGGAGGCUUUUUUGCAACGUUUAGUGGAGUGGCCUCUUCCUGUUCUUACACGUUGUUCCUCCAUCCUGCACGCCACUCGCGGCAUUUUAUGCGAGUGGAUCAGCGAAGCCGCAAGGACUGUAAAAACAGCUGCUGAAGCGGCUCCCACCAUUGCUUACUACCGCCGCCUGUACAACAUUUGCAUUUGGCAGCGGCGGCAUCCGCUUUUUAUACUUACCCCAGUGCUCGAUUUCUUGGGGUGUUCGUCCACAUGUGAAGCCAUCGAUGAUGUGUUGGAGGGAUUGUCGCUUCAUUUAGUGCCCGCGUUGAGUACCGUACCGCAUGUGUUGCGUUGCGAUGUGUUGAUGACAUUCCCUCGGGUGCCUUUCGAACAGCAGCGCCAUUUGAUGGAGGCGCUUCGCCGGAGCCACCCGACUGCGUCUGAUGUUGGGUUGGCGGGAGGCGGAAGCGAAAAGGCCCCUCCACCCGAGUUGUUUAUUGGAAAAUUUAUGCAAGUUGUGCCGCAAAGAUUUGGUAAGGGAGAUAUUAGCGAGGAACAAUACACGGAGUUGCGACGUGCGUUUGAAUUGCAUAAACGGGAAGGCGUUCGGAGGAUUCUUGCGCAUACUCCAUAG